AAUAACCUGCGCAAUGGUGAGGAAGGGUAAAAAGGAGAGUGCAACGCCAACAAAAGAUACGUUUGAUCCACUUGCAAUUGAAGGCAAAACUCCAGCAACAGUUGUUCUUCUGUUGAGCUCCCCUGAAGAAGACAUCCUUAUAAAAGCUUGUGAAACAAUUCAUGCAUUUGCAGACAGAGGAGAUGAAAACAAGCUGUCACUCCUGGGCCUUGGGGCCUUGAAGCCUUUAUGUCAGCUCAUCACUCAUAGCAACAAGCUGGUCAGACGCUUUGCUUUCAUGGCCCUGGGCGUCAUGUCCACCCACUCUGAAGUGAAAAAUGCAUUGAAGAACUUGAACAUAAUUCCAUCUAUUAUUGAGAAACUGUCUCCACAUGAGGAGACAGUUGUUCAUGAGUUUGGGACCCUGUGCUUGGCUUCGCUGUCUGUGGAUUUUGUGAGUAAAGCAGUGAUCUUUAGCAAUAAUGGUUUGCCCCCAGUGAUUCAACUUCUCUCCAGUCCUGAUCCGGAUGUUGUCAAAAACUCUCUGGAGAUCAUUUUCAAUCAAAUUCAGGAUUACCCAAGUCGCUCAGCCAUACAUGAACUUGGAGGCAUACCACACCUACUAGCCCAGCUUAAGUCAGAAUUUCCUGUCAUUCAACAACUGGCUUUGAAAAUACUUCAGAAUAUCACAAUAGAUAAAGACACACGCGUUACCUUUAGAGAAGAGCAAGGGUUUGAAAAGCUCAUAGAUGUUCUUAAAAAUAAGGACCUACAAGACCUUCAUGCUGCCUCCUUACACGUUGUUGUGAACUGUUUAAAUGAUAGUGAGUGUUUCCAGCUUAUUCACAAAGGUGGUGGUCUGGCCCAGCUGAUGGAGUUUAUCCUCAGUCCAACACUGCCAGAAAUCCAGGCCAAUGCUGUUAAAUGUGUUGCCAGAGUGGCUCAGAGCUCAGAGAAUUGCAACAUUCUUCAUAAGCAAAAUGUGGAGAAGAUUUUAGUGGAGCUCCUCUCUGUGAACGACGACAGAGUAAAAGGAGCAACCAGCCAGGCUGUGUCUGCCAUGAGCACCAACCUCGCCAGUAAAGAAGUCCUCAGGGAGCUUGGUGCUAUAUCUGCACUGGUAGAGCUGCUGAGCAGUGAGACUUCAUCUGUAAAAAGGGACGCAUCAAGAGCACUCUAUGAUCUUACUCAGAACAAUCUCCAUAACGUGAUGGCUGUUUAUGAGGCCGGAGGUCAUGAGCCCCUUGUCCGGCUGCUCACAGAAGAAUGCCCCGAGACCGUGGCCAAUUCUGCUGCAACUCUGAGCAACAUGGCGGGACAGGAGGACAUCCGAUACAGUAUUUUAUCACAGAAUGCUCUGCCAGCUCUUGUGGAGCCUCUGAAGUCCAAAGAUUCUCAUGUUCAGAUCAGCACAGCACUCUGUGUUGCAACACUGGCUUGUGACACUGCAUCUAGGACAGAGUUUAAAAAUGCUGGAGGUCUUCCACCACUGGUCAAUUUAUUGGACUCUAAAUACAAAGAUGUUCAGAAGAUGGGCUCCUUAGCUGUCAAGGCAUGUGCCUGUGAUGGGCCAUGUGCAGUGGAGAUGUGUGUAUUGGGGGCCCUGGAAAAACUUCAAAAGAUCAACCAAUCAGAAAGCCAAAAAACAGUUUUUAGUGAAAUGGCAAUGAUGAGCCUGCUGAACUCCAACCUGCCAGUUAAAUACAGCCUGAUGGGCUUUUUGUCUCCCACUGACCAUGUCAAGGAUGGUUUUUAUGAUGCUGGGAAGGCUGUGGCAGGUCAGAGAGUCCUGUCUCUGGAGGAGCACUACUGUCAGCCUGUCAACCGGCAAAGGGCCAUUAUUGUAAUUAACACGGCCAAGCAUUCAGCUGAGGAGACAGUUGUUUGUACAGAAGAGAAACAGCACCAUCUAUCUGGAACUGACAUUCACAGUGUGAAGCGGGAGACGCCGAGGUUAGGGAGGAAAAAGGAAGAGGAGAAACCAAAGGAUAAGGAUCUCCCUUGUGCAGUCUCUCAGUCCCCCCCUCAGAGACACUCUAAGAUGUUGAAUGACCCAGCAUUGGAGGCUUUGGUUCAGGAGGCCAAAGAAACUGUCCUGCUUCUGGAUGAAGCCAUGACGCAGUACUCUAUUUUGGCCAGGAUGGUCAGCAAGGCCAUGGGCGGAGAGGUGGACAGGAAAAAGAUGCACACAUUCGAAUGGACCCUUCACAUCAGCGAGCUGAAAUUUGAACUACAGUCUAAUGUAGUUCCUAUUGGCAUGAUAAAGCAAGGGACCUACUACCACAGGGCACUUCUCUUCAAGUGCCUGGCAGACUGCAUUGGACUGAGUUGUUCACUUGUCAGGGGAGAAUAUAACAGGGGCUGGAAUGAGGUACUGGUGUUGAAUGGACAAACACAGCGUUAUGUUGUGGACCUUAUGCACAAUCCUGGAAGUCUCCUGAAAGUCAACACACCAGCUGCAGAACAAUAUCAAAACAUAUAACCCAGAUAAUCAAGAAAUACUAACAAUAAAAAUCAUAAUUUGGC